AACAUGACUCCUACUCUUAUAAGGAAAUUACUAACAUUAACCAAAUCCUACUUAGACAAGAAAGCUACUAAUAAAGAUAAUUAAUAAAUAAAAUACUAAAUAAUAAAAUAACCAAGGCCAGAUCGAGACCCAAUAUUUACGAUGGCUUGAUUCUCGUAACCGUCACUCAUGCAUACCCGGAUACCCCCUAGUCUCCUUCUCUCGUCUCUCUUUCCUAAAAAUCGACUAAAAGGAAACAAAAGAAUCCCUCAUACCCUCCUCUCCUUCUCUCGACCCUAGAUACCCAAUUACCCAUCUUCCCUCGACUUUAUCCCUUUUCUCUGCUGGAAACGACGAAGAGAAACGAAGAUGGAAAGAAAUACAACAGGACCACCGAUGGCGAUUGGGGAUGAGGAUUCCGACGACUCGCCCCAGAGCGCCUCUCGAUUGCGGCGGCAGCGGUGGUGGGUGGAUAAGGACGUUCGUUCGUAGCACUCCGUUGUUGUGGGGGGGGGGGGGGGGGGGGGGGGGAUCGCGGGUGUUUCCUCGGCGGUCUUGGGUUGGCGGCGAUUAGAGAGAAGGGUUGGGGAGAUCGAGAGAGAUAGGAGGGUCGGCGGCGAUUAGAUAGAAGGGUUGGGGAGAUUGAGAAAGCCUGGAGGUGGGCAUCGAUUAGAGAGAGGUUAGAGGAGGUUGGAGAGAUUGUGAAAGAGACGGAGGUGGGAGGCGAUUAAAGAGUAUAAGAAGAGGGAAGGGCUAGUACUCGGUUAUUCGGUAUAUCGAGUAACCGCCAGUUACUAACCGGGAAUUAGUUAGUAUACUGAUAGCCGGGUUUUGACGACCGUAUACUGAUAUCAUUGGUUAACGGUAUAACUAGUUACUGCUGGUUACCGGUUCGAUCACCGAUUUUACCGUUAACCGGAAAAUUGUUUACCACCCCUAAUUGUUAUGAUAUUUGACGAUGUUGAUUAAAAAUGUGAGAUGCAUUUGUACUAUAAUAUUUUGAUAGACCCUCGUGAUUUUGUAUGAAUUUGAGAAUGAUAACCAUGAGAUGGUUGUGUAUGGAUUUGAACUUGAUAGGACAAAUCGAUUCCUAGGUCAUUGAGAUGAUGAUUGAAGAGAGAAAUGAAUAUUGUGUUGUUUGUGUUCAUGGUAAAUCGCCUAGACAUUGAAUGGUAUGCACUUACUGCUAAUCUUUUUGGGAUUGAGUAGAUUUAACAAGAUUUUUCUGGAUGAUGAUCGUGGUUACAAAUUGGCUACCAAUAAUGAUAAUUAGGCCCCAACAUAUGUGAGGAAGUACUUAUCAAGUUAUAAAGUUUAUCAGACUCGCUUCCCAUUGUGAGGAAGUACUUAUCAGGUUAUCAAGCUUAUCACGAUUAUCAAAUUUUCGUGGUCAGACGUGUGAGCCAGCUAAGUGGAGUUCGGGAUCUCAUUUCAUGUUAAGUAAGAAGAAGAUACUAUAAGUAAGAAUAUGUUAAUGAUAAUAUACUUCUACUAAUGUACCUAAUAGCGUAGCAAAAGCAUUGCAUGUGCAUGCCUAUAUGUUUGUGUAUGAUAACAAAAUUAUGAUUAGGACAGAUCCCAUCGCCUGCAUUCAGGAAUUGUAAAAGCUCAAGAAGUACGCUCAGAAAGUCGUCAGUACAUCUAAAGAUCGGCGAUUUCAGGGACUCCAGUAUGCAGUUAGUUAAGUUUGAUAACUGAUGGGACUGAGACUUGAUGUAGUUUUAUGAAGGCUUUUCAUUUUUUUCAAAUGAUUCACGUCACAGUGAUCUUUUAAAUUUUCAUGUUGGUUUCUUUCUACAUGAUGCUUCCGUUUUCUCCCACGAAUUUAAUGUUUAUAAUUUAUUAAGGGCAUUUUGAUAAAAGUAGUACUUGGUUGGGUUAGGGUGUUACACAAAUCAAGCAACAAACAACACAAUAAUUAAAUUUAGCCCUUUUUGACUUACAUAUGCAAUUGCAUUUGCUGCAAGCUUGCAAAUAUACACUUGAUAGCCAAAUCAAUACAAUUUAUUUUGCAAUUGCAAAUACUCAUGCCAUAUCAUCUUAGAAUUUAAAAUGCAAUCCCAAUGUGGAUGCUCUUAGACCAUAUGAAAAAGAACUAUAUAGUUCGUCAAUUAUCAAAACAUUCUACUCGAAAUCCAACUCACAUUUUAUUCAACAUCUUCAAAUCUCAUAACAACAUAACAAUUUUUUCAAAUCAUCAAUAUUCACAUCCUUAACCUAUUAUCAAUUAUCAUCAAACAACCAGUUACCAUCAUAAAAUCUUUUCACUUAAUUGGAGUCAAUGUAUAUGAGUUUUUUUUUUUUUUUUUUUGCAUAGAUGAGAUUAGACAUAACUAACUAGGACCAAAUCAAACAUACUUAUGAGUAAAUACCAAGUCCAACUGGUUAGAUUCACAAAGAUAAAAUAUGAAGCUUUAACUAACAAAAAAUUGUAUAUGCCCUCACUGAAAGUGACCCAAAUUAAACAAAUUCCUAUAUCGAUCCUAGCCACAAGAUCCAAAAUACACCUAGGAAGAAGGAUACAAUAACAAUGACACAACAUAUAUAAAAUAAAAUAAAAUAAAAUAAAAUAAAAACAAUGAGAGCUGCUGACCAAGUUUAACAAACUCCCUUCUUGCUCUGCAGUUUCCCUUCUGCUGGCCUAUUCUUCACCUACUACCAUAACCAUCAUCUCUCUUGCCCUCUGCACAUAUAAGAGCAUGUUUUCCCCUUCAGAAGGUUAAAGCAUAACAACACAACCCAUCAAUUCUUCACCAAAUCAAAAAACAAAGAAACCACAAUCACUCCUUUCCGCAACUUCAAUUCCAACCACCAAUUACCCUUCAACCAUGUUGAGAACAUUGAGCACCCGCAGAAGCCACAGCAAGUAUGAAAAGCUAGCUGACAAUACUGAACCUUCUUCAGCCGAUCUUCUGGGAGGAGACAGUGAUUAUGAGCUUAAAAGGACCAACACCGUGCCAAUUCGAUUUCCAGGUUCCGAUAGAGGUCACAAGGUGGCUGCGGAGCAGAGCUUGCCAUCAGUCCCGGCCGUGAAACCGGCGAUGAAGGUUAACAAAAGCCACCCACUUUUCAGCCUCUUUGAUCGACGGCGCCAGAGCAAGAGGACCACUUCGAGGCCGGAGUUCGCUAGGUACAUCGAGUAUGUGAAGGAAGGAGGACUGUGGGAUACGAACUCUGGCGUGCCUGUUAUGCACUACAAGUGAAAAGUUCAAAAAGUUCCAUACUUUCAUCGCGUUUAUGUAUAAGGAGGAGUUCUACUUUAUUGGGUUCCUUCGAUUGUGAAGAAGAAGCUUUGAUCAGUUACUUUUUUCUUUUUUGGUAAAAGGGUUAGUUUCUUUUUGCUUUUAUUUUGUGUUGUUUCAGUUCUUCUCUCUGGUUCCAUUUCUAUGUGCUGGCUUCUGCCUGGCUGAGUUUAGCGUUGGCGCCAAAUUAAAGCUAAGGUUGCGAUCAAACGGGCAUGGCCAGAAACAGGGGAAAAAGGGCCAAAAGGGAGUCUAGACAAAAGCAACAGAGGAUUCAGAACGAAACUUGAAAAUGAAGCAGCAGCAGGCCAGCAGCAUCUUUCGAGCUCUCCUUUUCUUUAAGAUUCUGGUUCUCCAUUGUCUUGAAUUGAUGCCCUUCUUACUGUUAUAUACUUCUUUUCCCUUUUAUGCUGAAUUGUGCGAUUGCAGAGCCUUGCAGGACUAUAUUUCCUUUAAUCUUAUAUAGAGGGAGAGGGAGGCCAUAAGCCAAUAACUCCAAUUUAAUUUGGAACCUGUUUUCUUCUUCUUCGUGAUCUUUCCCUUCCGGCUAUGUUUCAGCGGACGUUUCACUUUCAUUUUCUUUGGAGAUGCAGACCUGGUUAAAGAGACGGAAACAGUAAAUUUGACUUCGUUCCAUUGUCGGUCGCCUACACCAUCAGACAGUGAUAUGUUUUGAAUUUCUCAUCGGAAUAAUUAGUUAUGAAUUGGAUGAUCAAACUUCGUAAAGAAAAAAUGGAAUAAGAAUUGAUAACGUCA